AUAGCUUCAGAACGAUGUUUUUUUCAGAGAAAGAUGGCUCAUGCAGUUCGUUCUUUGGGUAGGAUUAAUCCUAAAACAAGCGCAGUGUUCCUGUGUGAUAUGCAGGAUAAGUUCCGACCAAUGAUCUCCCACUUCGAUCAGAUCGUACAGAACAGUAACCGAGUGUUGAACGCAGCUAGAAUAAUGGAUAUCCCUGUAUUUGCUACCGAGCAGUAUCCUAAGGGUUUAGGCCCAACUGUACCAGAAAUAGAACUAGCAAAGUUCGGUAUCACCCCCUACCCCAAAACCUGUUUUACGAUGUGCGUGCCGGAUCUCAUGGCCGCACUGAGAGAAGUACAGCCGGAAACUAAAUCUAUUGUACUGUGUGGGAUUGAAACCCACGCCUGUAUUCACCAUACAACCCUGGACCUUCUAGAGGCAGGGUUCGAGGUUCAUAUUCCUGUCGACUGUGCAAGUUCCAGGACAGAAACUGACAGAAGGUUUGCGUUGUCAAGAUUGCGCGAUGUCGGAGCGUUUUUGACCACGAGCGAGUGCGUGAUUCUGGGAUUUGCCGCUGAUUCUUCCCAUCCUAAAUUUAAAGGAUUACAGAAGAUAGUAAUGAAAUCAGCUCCCGAUACAGGAUUACUUUCUCAUCUCUGAGCCAAAGCUAAGACGUGUCUUUCAAUCUAGCUCUCUACACAGUCUGCUAAAGCAAUAACCCUAGAAGACAUCAAGUCCAAUAGAUUGCCUUUCAAUAAUAUAAUAUAAUAAUACAGGGUUCCCCACAAAGGAUGAUACUUCAGAGACGGUUGAAGUUCAUACUCUCUAGUUCCUUAAAUUUAUGAAUCCCCGCAACUAUAAACUUAUUUCUUUCUAUGUCAAAUCAUUAAAUAAACUAUUUAAAGUUGA